AUGGCAAUGCCCCAAAUAAGCGUGGCUGACCAGGCCAAAUUACAGCUGAUGCAAGAGAUGGAAAUUGAAAUGAUGUCGGAUUUAUAUAACCGCAUGACAAACGCUUGUCACAAGAAAUGCAUUCCACCACGCUAUGGUGAAUCGGAGUUGGGCAAAGGAGAAAUGGUUUGCAUUGAUAGAUGUGUGGCCAAAUACUUGGACAUACACGAAAAGAUUGGCAAGAAGUUGACAGCCAUGUCCAUGCAAGAUGAGGAGCUCAUCAAGAAAAUGUCUAGUUAAAUAUUGAAAUUUAAAGGGAUUGCUCACAUUGAGGCUAACCCCGCUCUGAAAUCGGCAUUUCAAUCGUUAUGUUAACUUGUUACCCACACACACAAACACAAGCCCACAAAUAAACAUUCACAACGGA